CGAUCAGAGAAGGGCAGAUAAACUCUCUCAAAGCUGUUUGAUUCUUUGAAAUUGUGGCAUGAAAAUGGGUGUAUAUCGUACUCCGCAGGGUUCACCAGUGAUUUUCUUCCAAGAGCCAAGUCGAUUAACAAUAUACAUAUCAACUGUCUCCCGCCGACAACGUUUCAAAAUUUUAAUAGUUAUCUGCUGUCUGACACUGUUCAUCUUAGGAUGGUAUUUGAAAACAUCGAAAAAUUUAUUAAAACUUCCCGAAACCUCUAACUCUAUCAAUGAUAUAUUCGAAUCACAAAGAAUUUCCACAAGAGUUGAAGGUUCUCAGCAUCUACCACCACAAGAUCAACCACGAAAGGAAAAUGAAUUAAUGGACUUCUUUCAAGAAUAUAAAGCAUAUUUUAAUCCCUUCCAGAAAGAACUAGUUUUUGGUUCCACGGAAAAUAAUGAUAUAUAUAUUGUCAGAUCACAUAAACGACUGCAUAAUGAUAUCGAAUUAUUUCCCAGUCCAACUGAUUAUAAUGAUAUACCAAUAACUAUUCCGGCAGGAAGAUAUCCUGAUCACGAGUUGGAAUUGAAGCACUCGACUGAGUUUGAAAUGACAUUCACCGUACCGGCCAGACGGCAUCCUGAUGCUGAGAUAGAAUUUUCUGAUUUGACUGAAAAACACAUAAUAGGUGGCGCAGAGCAUAUUACUACACCAAUGCAAAAUAAUGAAAUUGAGAGAUCAUACGACCAUAAGGAUAAUAAUUAUCUGAAAUUAUCGCUUGAAGGUGGAAUAUCAAACAGCUUACAGCCUGUACAACCUACACAGGAUUCUAGUCUCCUUCUGGAUACUCCAGGUUGUAAAAUACCUAAACUAGAUCCAUGGGACCCAACUGUGAAGCAUCUGAUUGAACUCCAAGAACCAUAUGAAUGCCCUGGACCUCCAUUGUUCAUGAAACCAAGUCCUGAUGGCUCUGUUACAUUAAACGAGACUGUGUUGGAAAUAUAUUAUAAUAUGACGAAGAAUGAACUGAGAUGCUAUUAUCAUCCAUUUUACAGAAAACAUGAAGAACCAGACGCUAUUGGAGAACACACUUACGUAAGUGGUGUUAUAACACAGCUUCCCUUUGGUGUUCCUCUUAAUGAAGAUUAUAUUAGAGUUGUGUGUAUUUUCAACGAUAAGCAUUUCGAACAAUAUAUUCCCCUCGUACGUCUGAAAAAAGAAAUCGAAGAAGCAAAGAGUUUCAUAUCGCCUCCAACACCUCGACUGAAUAUCAUACUGGCUGGAAUCGACUCCGUAUCAAAGUUGAAUUAUCUCAGGCAUUUCCGAAAAACCGAUGCCUUUAUCAAAGAUAAACUGCCUAUGUUUGAAAUGAAUGGCUAUACUAAAGUUGGAGAUAAUACCUUUCCUAAUUUAGUGCCUAUGUUAACUGGGCAUUUCGUUGAACAUUAUUGGAAUGAAACGGUAAGAGAAACAAUGUACUUCGACGAUGUGGAUAUCAUAUGGAAAGACUAUGCUAAAAAAGGAUACAGAACAUUCUACGCAGAAGACAGUCCUUAUACUGGCACAUUUAAUUACAUGAAACGAGGGUUUUAUGAUCCACCUACAGAUUAUUACAUCCGACCAUUUUAUCUCGCAUUAGAAAAUUCAAAAAUUAAAGAAAAUGCUGAGAAAGAAUACUGUUACAAUUCUCAACUGGAACCUGACAUUAUUUAUGAUUACUUGAGAAACUUUAUUGAAGCAAUGGGAGAUAGACCUUACUUUGCUUUCGCUAUGGUGUCAACUAUUACUCAUGAUGAAUUAAACCAAGCUGGCUGGGAAGACCAGCCAACUGUUCAUAUUCUGGAAGAUUUGUCGAAUAUGGGUGCUCUUAAUAAUAGCCUUCUUGUUUUAUUCAGCGACCAUGGCCUGCGUUUUGGAGACAUUCGGUACACAUAUAUAGGGAAAUUAGAAGAAAGACUGCCAUUAAUGUAUAUACAUGCUCCUAAGUGGUUCCUUGAGCAGUAUCCACAAUACGCAAGAAAUCUCAAAAUAAAUCAGAACCGUUUAAUGACACUCUUUGAUAUUCAUGCUACGAUGAUACAUUUACUGGAUUUGAACAGAUCAGCGGAAGAAAGAGCAGAACUUACUAUGGGUAAAAGUCUUUUGGAAGAAAUAUCGCCAAACCGAACAUGCGAAGAAGCCAACAUACUCCCCCAUUGGUGUCCUUGCCAAACAUUUGAGAACGUUCCUUUCAAUAGCAUUGAAGCAAUAAAUGCAUCUCAAGCGAUUGUGAAUGACAUUAAUUCCAAACUGGCUGAGUAUGGUGGUAUCUGCGAAGUUUUAGAAGUUGCUGAAAUCAUGGAUGCAAGAGUUGGACGAGCGAACGAUUUAGUGUUACGUUAUGAAAGGCAUGACAAUGAUGUCAUUAAUAGAACUGUUAUACUGGGAGAAAGGGUCAAUCCUAUAGCGGAUUACAUGAUAACACUUGUUACAAAACCUGGUCAAGCUGUUUUUGAAGGAACAGUUCGACAUAAUCCACAAAAUAACUCAUAUGUCGUUCUAGGAAUAAGUAGAAUAAGUUUGUAUGGAAAGACUUCAUGGUGUAUAAAUAGUCAAAAAAUGAAAAUUUUUUGCUAUUGUAAAAUUCAACAAACUUCUUAAUGUUACUUGUAAGAAAUUAUUAUAAGAAAAAAUGGCAUUUAAAGAAGAAAAAUUCUGACAGUCUCUAACAAUACUGUAUGAAACCCGUUUCUAACCUUGUCGGUUUUGGUAAGAUUUUUGAAAACUUGCAGCCUUUAAUAUAUUGAACAUGCUUCUAGAAUCCUUAAAUGCAACAUAUCUCGGUUCUUUUCUUCAUUAAAAUUAUUGUUUAUUCUUAUAAUUUUAGUCUUCGACUAUGAACAAAAAGUAUUCUUAAGUUUCGACUAUUUCCAUGAAUUUGAAGAAAUAAAAGUGAGAAACUCUAAAGUAUAUUACCUGAUCUCUUUUAAUCACUUUACCCAUAAUAGCGUUUGAUGUAUGCCCAAAAAAAUCACCAAUACUGAAACUCUAAACGGGAUGUAAAAUUGACAUUCCUAUAUCGAGUAAGAGUAUUAAUUGUUACUAUUUAAAAAAAGACUGGAAAAUUUAUUACAAACGGCAAAAUAUUUUUCUACUUCUUUAUUCUGAAAAGUACAUAACAUUGUAAGUAAAUUUUCAAAUGUAGCGUGAUAGAUUUGGUGUACAUAAAACUGUGUUACAACUGACUGCUGAAUUUCAUUAAAUAUUUUUGUUCUCAGCAUAAAAAUUAAAUUAUUAUCCAUGCGAUAAUUUAUUGCUCAAUGUAUGUUUUUAUUGUUAUACAAAUUUUGGUAAAUGUGUAUCAUAUUAUUCAUCAAUUUCUGACUCAUUUUCA